CUGCGCUUAACUUCAACAGUUUUGAUCGGAUGAUAUUUGUUAUUUCCUUGUGGCAGCAACCAUGGAUUUAAGAGGAAAGGGGUCUUUUAUCACGCAUAACAACACAGCAUACAUCCCACCGUCUCUGAUGCCCGGGUAUUGUGGACAUGUCCCAACAACAAAAUACCUUUAUGGAGAGACAUUUGGCAAUUCAACACUAAAGUACUUCCAAAACAGUCGAUCUGCCAUCAUGGCGUCUAGCAAAACGCAUUACAAUACAGGUGAUGUACCUGUGACGACCCUGCGCUCCCAUACGCACACUCAGUCAUCCAUCGUGCCCUACUGGGUUCGGUACAACAUUGACUUUAAAAGACAGAAAGAACUCAAGGACUUUAACAUUUUGUCCCAGAAGCACAGGGAAAAUUACAAAGAUAAGACUGGCACUGUGGAGUCUGUCAACUACUUUGUCGUACCAGCAAAUGAGAUGGAUAGCAGCCCAUCAGAAUCAAUAGUCUAUGUUGGGUCUGAAUAAAUGGCAUUGAAGUAGCAUCCUGCCUUCACAGCUGAUGAGAUUUGGAGUCAACUACCAUCAGGAUGGCCUCCAGGGGCCGCUAAUUACAAACUUACUGUAU